AUGGGCAACUUCAAUCGAGGAUAUGGCUCCGGCUUGCAGGGAAAGAAGCUGCAAGCAGGCAUCACACUGUGUUCCGCUUUUGCCUUUACGCUGUUUGGCUAUGAUCAAGGCGUACUUGGCGGGUUGAUCGCCCUUCCCAAUUUUCUGGAGAGCAAUCGCAUGGAUCCGGAAGACGCAGAUGAACAAGGAACUAUUGUCGCAAUCUACGACGUAGGCUGCUUCACCGGAUGUCUGAUCAUGGCUUUCAUCGGGCAAAAGCUGGGACGUCGCAUGUACAUUUUCAUUGGUGGUCUCCUGAUCAUCCUUGGUGGCAGUCUCCAAGCUGGCGCAAAUGGAACAGCGUAUCUGUAUGCUGGCAGAAUCAUUGGCGGCGUCGGAAUGGGGUUCAACUCAACCAUGGUUCCGAUCUGGGUUGCAGAAACAUCCAAGGCUGGCAGCCGAGGCGCUCUAAUUGCCACCCAGCUCACGGUUGUCAUCCUGGGGGUUACAAUCGCUUACUGGUUCGACUACGGAAUGAUUCGUAAUUACACAGGAUCUAUCGUAUGGAGGUUGCCUAUUGCAUUCCAGGUCGUAUACGUCCUCCUCUGCUUUUCGAUGAUCUUCUUCCUCCCAGAGAGCCCGAGAUAUCUUUAUGCCGCGGGUCACAUUGAAGAUGCGGACGAUGUCAUGGCCCGCAUUUACACCGUCCCUGUUGACGGCUCAGAAGUUGCUCGCCACCGUCAAGAUGUUAUGGGAGCCCUCGAGACCGAGAAGGAGUACAAGUUCAACUGGAAAACACUCUUUUAUGAUUCGUCGCCGCUGAAUGUCACGUGGAGACUAUGGCUCGGAGUCCUUGUUCAGUUCUUCCAGCAGAUGGAUGGAAACAACAUGGUCAGCUACUACGCCACUUACCUAUUCAUCAACUCCCUCGGCUACUCGCAGUCCAAGGCCGCCUUGACGGCCGGCGGAGUUACGCUCGUAUUCUUCGGCGGCACUGCUACGACCAUCUAUACCGUCGAACGACUGGGCAGGCGAGCGGUCAUGCUGUACGGUGCCAUGCUUUGUUCACUCUUCAUGAUACUCUUUACCAUUGGUCUGGCUGUCAACACCGACGCGUCCCUCCAAAUGUCCGUCGCCAGCAUCUUCCUGUUCGAGUUCUUCUUCGGCGCUUCGUGGUGUCCAUUGCCAUGGGUCUACGUGCCGGAGAUUGCACCCCUACACGUUCGACACAUCGGUACGAGCAUGGGAGUCUUCACGCAAUGGUUCGUGACAUUUAUUGUGGUCAAAUUCGGCCCCAUGGGUAUUCAACAGGCGGGCUGGAAGUUCUAUCUCCUGUUCUGCGUCUUCAACGUCCUUGCGGUUGUGUUCGUGUGGUUCUGUGUCAAAGAGACUCAGGGCUUGACUCUAGAGGAGAUCGAUGUGCUGUUCGCCAAAAAAGAGUAUAAGCCGCUCCUGGAGGCGAAAUUGCGCGAGAACGCGAGGCGGGAUCAGAAGCGCAGCAUGGAUGGCGCACAGGGACACCCGGCGGUGGAUGAGAAACGGGUGGACACUGAGCAUCGUGAGGAUUCUGGCACGAGUGCUUGA